AUGUCACGAAACUCAAGCGGGCAGAACGCAGGCAAUUCUGAUAAAGUAUUCGAAAGAGCGGGUGUUUCCAAAGAUGAGUUCUAUAACAACGCAUCUAUAAUCCAGAGUAAGCAAAUACAGCAACGUGAAAACGAAGAUGUCAUGCCAGUAUUCUUAGACGGACAAACCUCACAUAAGCUUCCGCAUUCAAUACAUCGCUUAAUUGGGGGUUCCAUGGAAAACGGUAUUAAAAAGAAGUUGGGGGAAAAUCUUCUUGACUCUUUUGCUUUCAUCUUCACUCAACCAGGUGGCCGAGGAGUCGUUGCAGUAGCAAUGGAGUGGAGUGAUAAGGAUCCGAAUAAAUACACUCUUCACGUGCGUAAGAAUUAUCCUUCAUAUAGCGAGCUUGUUCACAUUUCCAAGGCUAUUGAAGAGUGGUUUGCGGAUGAACCCGGAGAUGCCACUAAAGACGUAUUAGAACUAGACCGUAACGACACGUUAUGGGAAAUUAUACUCCAUAAUUGUCACCAGGGAAUUUCAUUACUCAUAAGGAAUGGGUUUGGUAGGCGUAACAAAAGCCAAAAGAUAUCUGCAUUGUCGGAUGCCUUAAAACGCGCCAUAGAUAAAAACUCCAAUCCUCACACGACUGAAGCUGGAAAUGAUAUAAUAUUGGAAGUCCUUCGGGAAUUCAAAAAGUUUUUAAGAACCCGUGACAGAGCGACGUCCUUGCAUAAGAUCACGGAAUUAUGUUUCAAGUUAGCAGAAUCUCAUGGUACUGAUAUGAAAGAACGGUUUAAUACCUUGAAAGGUGAGUUUAAAAGGGAGUAUCAGUUCUCAAAUAGAAUUGAACACCUCAUUUACAGCCUUGCAAAUUACCGCCGCGCUUGGUAUGAUAUUGCAUACUUCAGAGCCCAACACAACUCGACUACUCUGAAUAUAAAGUUCAAUUUAGACCAACCCUCUUCUUCCAUGAAACAAUUUCCCAAGCCAGAGAUUCUCAAGAUCAACGGCAAAGGGAUUUUCGAUGAGACGAAAAAAGAAUCAUCUUAUAAGACCAAAAUUAAAAGGAUGAAAAAACGCUCUAAAAUAUAUGGUGGCGAGGUUGAGUAUUGGAAGCAUUGCGAAAUGCAGAUUCUAGAGCUUUUACUAGAUUUUGACGGCAAGGAGACAUUUUUUGACUAUAUCGGACGCAGCAAAUGUCCUUGCUGGCUCUGCCAUCAUAUCCUGAGUAGCAUGACGUCUGAGUUCCGUAUGAGACGAUCCCACAUGAAGCUAUAUCCCAAAUGGAAGCCUCCUGAGUUUCGAUCUGAGCAGAACCAAAAGCGAUUGGCUAAAAAGUUGAAACUCUUACACGAGAAGAUGGCGGAACUGGUAACUCAACCGGGGACGGAUAAAUCGGGUUCUACACAGACGGACUGCCCUGAUAUCAAAGAUACUUUUUUGUCACCCAGACGGGAAUAUCCCAUCUGUAACAAUGGUCAAUCGUAG